AUGCAGAGCUUCCUGAGGCUGCUGAGGGAGAGUGGGGGCACCGGGCCCCCCUUGGAGGGGCUGGUGACUCUUGCAGGCAGACUGUGCCGGGACCUCCAGGAUGAUCCAGCCCAGGUGCAGCCCUUGGUCACCGCCGUGUUGGACAGUCCCCUCCGCCUGCACCUCCUGGACAAUGCGGAUGUGGCCCUCGUGUGUGCCCGAGCGCUGGCCCAGCAGGACCAGCACCAGGCUGCCUGCCGCGUCCUGGAGGGAUGCCAGGUGCCCGGAGGCAGCCAGGAGCUGGUCCAGCUCUGGAACGACCUUCACUACCGUCUGGUCAUGAAGCGGCUGGGCGUGGCCACGCUCACCCCAGUGCAGAAGUUCCGCUGCAGAAAGAGGAACCCGCCACCGCCCUCCCUCUGCCCUGACGGCCUGAAGAGCCGCAACUUCCCCAGAGACGUUCGCCAGAAGCUGCACGACUUCGCCUCUGCCGUGAGCACCAACCCCAGCAAGGCCGAGAGGGAGAACCUGGCGGUGGAGAUGAGGCUGAGCGCGGAGCAGGUGUACAACUGGUUCGCCAACUACCGGCGGCGCAGAAGGGCCCUUCUCCAGCGUCGUGCGCCGGUCCCGGAGGACGCGGCGGUGGACCUCCGCGUGAGGGAGGCGGCUCCGGAGCGCCCGCAGCCCCCGGACCAGCCCCGCCUGGACCCCGGGGGCGCGGCCCGGCCUCGGUGGCCAGCAGGACUGGAGGAAGAUGGGCCCGCACAGUCCACGGAGACCACUCAAGGGCCAUGGGAGUCGCUGGCUCUGGCCCCAGACUUUUCUGGAGAUGAGACUCUGCCGAAGCCAUUGCCUCCCAGGUCUCUGCAGGGCAGCGAGAUGUACCAGGAGGGCCCUGGCCGAAGCCCUGCCACUCUCCCCCACAUCUGCCCUGGCCUCUGCCCUCUGACUGCUGACAGUGACAUGCUGGACUCUUCCCUGGCUGCCCCUGAGUCAUGGCUGAUGUCCCUUGCAUUGGCGUCCUCCAAGGAAGUUUCCUUCCAGACUGGGCAGCUGGUCCAUGGGCAUGGGCUGGACCUCACGAUGCGCCCUGCAGAUGCCACUGUGUCCAUCACUGCCCUCGGUGAGCCCAGCUCCACAGGAUUCGCUGACCCACCUGCUGGCAACCCCCCGAGCAUGUACCUGGAGGAAGGUGCAGGUACCAGUGGCGGCCAGGCAGAACAGCAGGCGGGCGGCUUCCUGGUGACACAGCCUCCCGAAUUUCUCCUAGCCCAGAGUCCGCUGGAGUUGGCACCGGGCCCUUCCUUCUCCAGCCCUGUUUCUGCUGUGGACCUGAGCCAGCCCGUGCCCUCUAGCCAGGUGCAGUGGCCCGACGGCCAGGCCUCCAGUGAUGCCUUCUGGGGAGCCAGAAUGCUUCUUGAGCUUUCAGGGGGCAGUCUGGGUUGA